AAGACAACAAAAAGCACCUUUUACGUUGACAUCCACACAAUCGCACCUAUAUCUCCUAUAUGUGUGUUCGCAAAACACACAUAGACCUACUGCUGAUUCAGAAUGAGAAGAGGAACUGAGAGCACUUCGUAGUUUCCUGCCAAGUGUGCAGAAAGUCUAGGUCAUGUUCACACACACACACAUACACGCAAUUGCACACAACAAGUACACACACAGAGAAAAAAAACUCUCGCAUCCGUACAUCCCCCACGCAAACGAUUCUCUCUCUCGAUGACAGUCGUAACGGAGCCAAUGGAAAAGAAAAAGUCAUUAGUCACUGUUUGUCCCUGUGUUUUUCCAACAGCAGCUAAGACGUGGUUUUCCUAGGUCCCAAGGUAUCCUAUAUAAAGCAGCCUGCUGGGCUCAGACGACGCCUCCUAAGGAUAUGAAAACUGACAAACUCCUCCAGCAAGCCAUGCGCCUCCUCAAAGGACUUAUUGAAAAUUUAAAGGACAACACAUUUCUUCACUCACCAACAAAUGAUAUUAAGGAGUGCUGCUCCCAGUCUGCUUUCGAGUGCUUCAAAAAAGAGCUUAAAUCCACCAGCUCUCUGAAUUCUUCAAGAUUCCUUUCACUGAAAGGGAAACUGGAGAGAAAUCUGGCCAAACCCACCAUUAUGAAUAGCAUGAACACCUGCAGUGGGGAAGAAAUAAAGAAAGCCGCGUGCAUGUCCUGCGACUCGUACCCGAUGGUCAGCAGCAAAGAGUUUCUGGAGAACCUGCAGUCCCGUCUGCAAAAGACAUACAGUCGCCUUUCUUAAAUUACAAGCAUGACGAUGACGAUGUGAAUGUGUGGACGACACUACCUCAUGAAAUCCUGGAGCAAAUCACUCUGGAACAACACAUCUAUUUAUUGCCUAUUUAUUGAUUCAUUUUAUUUUCUUACAAUUACAAUAGACUAAGAAAUGCCUUAAUAUUUGUAGUAUUUCAGAUAUGUUGGCAGGAUGUUUAUUAGUUUUCCUAAUGCUAAUUUUAAGUUAUACUGUGCUCACUUUGCAGAGGAAUUUAUUAUAAUAUACAUUUAAACUGCAUUAUGUAGUAUUAACAGUUAUAAACUAGUUUAAAAAAAAAGACCUAAGACCUGUUGCUGCUUGGGAUAUAUAAUGUAUGAGCAAAAUAAUUACAAAUUUGCACUUGCAUUUUCAUCUCUUCUCCAAAACAGCAAAAACAAAAAAAAGUCUAGUUUACACUGUCAACUGAAGUAUCUUCAAGAAUGAAAGAAAGAAUGUCUCAUAAUGAGACUUUAUGUGUUACAUAAUUACCCAAUUGUACUUUCCUACUGUUUUGUAUUUAUUUUGCAAUUAAAAUUA